AUGCGUCUGGCCGGUCUUGUUGUGGCUCUCGCCGCUUUGGCGGAGGCUCAACUCCCAGAGACUCCUGGAGCGAAUGGUGCAUCCACCACCACGACUCAUCACCCUCUCCCCUUUGAGACGACUUCAUCUGAGAUUCCUGCACUUGAUAAGACAACUUCUGCAGAUGUUACACUUCUAGAGACCAGCACAGGCAUUCAGGUUCCUGAUUCUGCAUUUACUUCCACCGAUGUGUUGCCUGAGCUACCUGAGUCCAAGAGCACCGACAUUGCGGUUGGAGGUACUACUACUGCCAAUGGCGAGUCACCUCUCGACCCGACAUCUUCAGAUGAGGUCCCUGCUGAACAGCCCACUGCUGGGACGGGACAGCCCACUGGUCCCGAGACUACGGUUCAACAGCCUCCAGCUAUCGACACUACAACAUCACAAGAGCCUCCCGUAGCAGAGACAACUACUCAGCAACCUCCUGCCCUUGAUACUGCCACAACUGGUCAGACACCUGGUGUUGAGACUACUAGCCAACAACCUCCUGCACCUCAGUCAACUACUGAGCAAGGCCCUGCUGUUGACACAGCCACUACACAGCAAGGUCCUCUCCCUGACACAACCACCCAGCAGCCUCCUACUCAGGACUCCACAACUGAGGAACUGGCACCUCAGGAUACCACUUCCCAGCCUUUUGUUGGAGAAGAGACUACCAGUACCCAGGCUCCCGCCGUAGACACCACUUCCUCAGAACAGCCUGUUGAUGAGGUGCCAUCGACGACUGAGAAGCCUGAGGGCCCCAAGCCUACUAAUACCAAGCAGGGGGAAGCUGAGCCUACUAGCAAGGACGAAGAGUCUGAUCCUAAGUCCAAAGACUCAGACAAUGAGGACCCCAAGACCAAGGAUGAGACUGACCCUGAGCCCACCACCAAGAAAGACGAGGCUCCUGUCACAGUCCCUCCUGCUGCUGUCACUGCUGAGCCUCAAGAGACUAUCUUUGGUGUCAGCGAUAAUACUCUGCAUAGCACCAAGGACAGCGAUGGCAAUGAUGUUGUUGUCCCUGUUCUCUUUGGUCCCUCCUGCCUGAUCUUUUGUGAGCAUGCUGGCAAAGACAAUGGCCCUGGUGGUAUCGUUCUUUGGGGUAUUGGACCUGCACCUGGAAGCUACGUCCUCCCUCCUCUCCCUGGUAUCACACCUGCUCCUUCAGCCGUUGUCAUCAAUGGAGGUGUACCAACACCCGUUGGAACUCAGACACCUGAGGAUCCUGAUGAUCAGGACGAUGAUGACGAUGAUGACGACGACAAGAGUACUGCUGAGGAGGAGACCAAGACUGAAGCUAAGACUACCGAAGCCAAGUCCACUGCUGAGUCUUCCGCAGCUUCCACUACUGAGGCUAGCACCACUGAGUUACCUCAACUAACAAUGGGCGUUGAGACGGUCGUAGUGGACGUUGAUGCUACUCCUACCACCGGUGCUACUUCCAGUGAAGCGACGACGGAGGCCACCAGCACUGAAGCAUCUACUCAGACCAUGGACCUUCCUCAACUGACUAUGGGCGUGGAAACGGUAGUCGUAGACGUCGAUGCCACUCCGACAACCGGAGGAACUACUGAGACUUCUGCUGCUAUAUCUACCGAGACCACUGAGGUUACUACUCAGACGACGGAGCUUCCUCAGCUGACCAUGGGAGUCGAUACAGUCGUUGUGGAUGUUGAUGCUACCCCUACUACAGGAGGCACCACUGAGACCUCCGCUGAGUCGGCCACUACUGAAGAGUCGAGCACUGAGGUUUCCGAGACCACGAAGACUAAGGAUACCACUACCGCCGAGACAACUUCAACCGAGGCCACGACUGUCCAGUCUACGACUGAGCAGUCAAGAACAGCAAGACCUACAUCUACUGAGACUUCUGUUCAGUCUACUACUUUCGCCACUACCACCACUACUAAAGGCCCCGAACGCGAGUAUCCUUGCAUCAUUCAUGCCAAUCCCGGCAUCGAUCCUUACUGCGCCUGUGAGACUACAGUCAGCGGCAAGGGCUUCUAUGUUUCCACCGAUUUGAUCUCAUCGUCUUGCGCCGACUACACGACCUUCCCUUCCUCUAUCCCUACUAAUGCUCCAGAGCCCAAGGUCACCGAGAAGCCAGAUCCUGAGCCUUUCGUCAAGACCGAUGAUGGCACAGUCGUCUCUUAUCCUGACCGUACAGUCAAGGUUGGAAACUACCCUGGUGGAAAGUAUACUUACACCGAAGGUGUCGGAGACGCCGUUACGCUCGAGACUCCUUUACCCACGCAGACCGAUGCGAACAACAAGGGCUCUAGCCAGUGUGGCAGCAUCGAUGAUGCAUGUGACCGUGCUCUGAACGAUGGUUUUGAUGAUGAGACUAUCUAUAAGGACUAUGUCUCGCGAUAUGCUAGGAUUCAGAGCGGUAUGGUCAUGGUCGCGACAUUUGGUCAAGCUGGUUGCACGGCUCAGUUCAAGUGCGAUGAUUAUGGUCUUGGAAUGAAGGGCAAGGAUAUCAAGGAUGCUGUCCAGCACAUGAAGGAUAACGAUGGAGUGAGCAAGUGCGGAACAGCGUACCUAUCCAACACGUGUCAGAUCACGUUAAACUAUUGUACCAAUUGUCACCAUGAUGGUUGA